GACGACGACCAAUUUUUCCAGCGCUGUGCACGGUGCUCGGUGGCUGGCAAAACGCAGCUAAGAAAAUCAGAAAAAAUUCCAAAAAAAUCCGAAACAGCAACGGUAAAUGCUGUGCACAAACGCAACUCGCAGAAAAUUGUACAAUUCGAAGGCAAAAGAAUUAGUUUUAUCGGGGAUUGUGCAAAAUUGAGUGGAAACUAAAGCGAAAAGCUGCAAAUCAAACGCACAAUGCAGCAAAAUGUCAAUUGAAGUGUAGUGAAAAUUGCUCUGCAAAUACAUACACACAUACAUACAUGUAUAUAGACAAAUAACAACAAAAACAAAGAGAGUGCAAAACUUGUGACGCAAAAUAUUCCCAACCCAACCACACCCCCCGCCACAGUAACGCUAUAAAUGCACACCCAUUACCCUAAUUACUGGCAAAAUUAAAAGUGUUUUUCUCAAAAAAUCAACGAAUUAAAUUGUACGCAAAAUGCGCAAAACUAAAUUAGUGACCGAACGACAUCGUCGCAAUCUACGAAAACGAUGAAACGUGGCUAUAAGAGAAGACGAAAGGGGCUCUGGCCGCUACAAAAGCUGCGCUAAAGUCGGCGAACCCGUGAAAAACUGCUCACAAAUAUACUCUAUAUAGAACUGGCAGUGACAAAAUAAGAAAAAUAGAAAAUUAAAAUCAAAGAUUACAAAAACAAAGCGCACACAGUUGAAAUCAUACGAAAAAUAAAGUGCUGUCGGCAGAUAUAACUGCAACGCCAAUAAAUAAAUCCAACACAUUAAGGCGUCAAUUAAAUUUACGUUUAAAAAUACAUAAAAGCAAAAAAAACAACAAAGCAACAGCUCAGGCGCGGUGCUACGAGGCAACCUAACCACGAAGAAUCCAGUGGGCAGCAGCGGAAACGCAGAAGGCAGCAGCAGUGAGCCGAUCUAGUGACGAAGCAACAUCGUUAAUAAGGCGAAAAACACACAUACCGACAUUAACAACAACAAAGUAUUAAAUAUACAGUUAUAAAAUAACCUAAAGGCAGUGAAAUUGAAAAAAAAAAUAAUAAAAUAAAUUUAAGAAAAAACAAAAAAUUAAGAAAAAAUGCAGGCCAGCUGAAGGAAUUUAGGCGAAAAUAAAUUCUGCGAAUUGACAGCGAGACUGAUUGACAAACGGACAACUAACGGAACUGCUGCUCAGCUUAGCAAGCGCACCAAAGCGAAAGGACACACGGGCAAGGCGAAAACUCGAAAAUUUCACUCAAACGCCCACGCAUUUCGCACAACAAACACACACACACAAACACUGACACAUAAAUAUAAAUAUACCCAACAGCAACGACACGCAGUGAAGUGAGACAACAGCAGGCACCACAAGCACAAAGGACAGCAGCAGAGACAGAAUUGGAACACUAAAACGAAACGUUUGGAGUCCAGCAAAAACUACAGGCAGCUUACACGGCAUACAAUCGCACAACAACAGCAACAAACAGGCAUAUUUAUAAAUACAAACAAAACAGCACGAGCUUCAAGCACACACGCAAGCAAAAACCAAAAACAAAAACAAAAAUAAAAAGCAUACAAAUCAGCGUGGAAACCUGUGAGCGAUCGGGUGCGACAGACAACUAACGCAGCAGCAGCAAAAGUAAAAUAUCAGCAACAUCAAAGCAGCUUGCUGCCGUUAACAGCAAUUGCAGCAACAACAACAACAACACAAAGUGAAAGGCUGGUGGCAGCACAGGCGUAGGCGCACACGCACACCAACACACCGGCACACUUCUGCCAUUGAUUCGCCCGCGAUUCGCACGCACUCACGCCGCAAUCGGGGAAAUAUCACUUGGAUCAUGUAUAAAACGCUCGUAUUGCUGCUGCAUGUGCAUUUGGCGCUAGGCGGGAAUGACGAUACGACAUCAUGGCCCAGCUUAUCGGGCGUACACAGCGAGGUCAAGCAUGGCUCGGCGCGCCAGCUGCUGGGCUCCAGUUUUGUGCGCGACAGCAUUGCGUUGCAGCGUCAGCACCAGGAACAACAGCAGCGCCUCUUUCGUUCCGGCGCUAGCAGUAAAGCCGUCGGUGGUGCCGGCGACGCUGUCGCACUCAAGCAAAAGCAAACGCCAAAGGAUGCACACACGCAGUAUCAUCUAGGCGAUCAUGAUGAUGAGGAUUUUCAUCCAUCAGACUUCCCGCCGCAUGAACAUCCCGACGCCGAUUAUUUCGCACAAUAUGCACCUGAACUAUACACCACCGAGUCGCAGCAACAGUCGUCACACAAAGCGAAUGCCGUUGCAGCGCAAAAUAAUGCUGGCGGCGGCGGCACCAGAUUCCGCGAUAUUGGUGCGCGCAGCGGUAUUAGUCGUACGGAUUUGUAUAGUGUGCAAGAAUCCGAUGAUCAUAUGGGUGAAAUGGCGCGAGGUCGUGAAGGUUAUAUGCGACAUCACAAGGAGACAGUCUUUCGGCCGCAUAUUAAUAGCGUGCGCGAUGAGGGUAACCUGAUGAGUCCCAAUGACGGCUAUGCGCACACCUGUCAGAAUGUGUGCGGCGACACACAAUGGCUAUGCCUCAGUACAUGUACCUGUAUUGAUCAGAGCGCGCGCUGCGAUAAGAAGAACGAUUGUGACGAUGGCGCUGAUGAGUUCGAUUGUGAAGUGAUUGGCGAUAUGUUGCAUAAAUUGCAGAAGGAUUGUGAACAGACGGGCAUGCAUGUCAUGUGUCCGCGCACAUAUCGUUGCAUCAACAAGGAAUGGCUGUGCGAUGGCGAUGAUGACUGCGGUGACUAUUCGGAUGAGACGCAUUGCGGUGCAAAUGUGGCGCGUAUGAAUUGCUCGGACGAUGAUCAGUUUGAAUGUCAAAAUGGUUUCUGCAUACCGAAGCAGUGGGUUUGUGAUGGCGAAAAUGAUUGUAAGGACUUCUCCGACGAAGCGCAUUGUAAUCGCACGAGUUGCUCAGCCGAGCACUUUACCUGCAAUGACGGCUACUGCAUUUCGAUCGCCUUUCGUUGCGACGGCGAACGCGAUUGCAAUGACAAUUCCGACGAACUCAAAUGCCCCGCGGUCUUUAAUCGCUGUCCGGAAGGUGAAUUUAAGUGCCGUGGCAGUCAUGGCGGUCCAAGCGGACAGUGCAUACUGAACCGUUUCCAUUGUGAUGGCGAUAAUGAUUGUGGCGAUUGGAGUGACGAAGAGGAUUGCCCACAAAAACCAUCCGAUUGCACGACAAGCGAAUUCAAAUGUAACGAUGGUAGUUGUAUACCGCGACGCUGGAAAUGCGAUAAGGAACAGGAUUGUGAGGGCGGUGAGGAUGAACACGAUUGUGGCAAUAUGAUAGGGAGUACGCCGACCAAAUGUGGACCAGAUGAAUUCACAUGUCACAACGGACGUUGCAUACUGAAUACUUGGCUUUGUGAUGGCUACCCGGAUUGUUCGUCUGCCGAGGAUGAGGUAGAAUGUCACCUGCAGUGUGAUCCCGGACAAUUUCUUUGUCCAGCCAAGAAGAACAUCACAAAUUUAAAGAUUUGUGUACACCAAAAGCAUGUCUGCGAUGGGCAGAAUGACUGUCCGUUAGGUGAGGAUGAAGUGAAUUGUCCACACCCACGUACCUGCGGCGAGAACUCACGUUGCGAGCAAUUAUGUAUUACCACAGCGAAGGGGCGGGAAGAAUGUGCUUGUAAUCUUGGUUUUCUGAUGCACGAAAACCGUCGGAAUUGCACCGACAUCGAUGAAUGUCAAUAUAUAACGAGUCCAGUUUGCUCACAAAAGUGCGAGAAUACACACGGCUCAUUCAAAUGCUCCUGCGAAACCGGCUACGUCUUACGUCCGGAUCUACGCACUUGUAAGGCACUCGGCGGCGCGAUGACAUUGGUUGUGGCAAAUCGUUGGGACAUCAGACGUGUACAGUUGAGCAAUAACCGUUACUCGGCUGUAGUCAAGGGUUUGCACAACGCAAUCGCGCUUGAUUUCCACUAUCGUAAAGGUUUACUCUUCUGGUCGGACGUUUCUACGGACGUAAUUAAAAUGGUGCACAUGAAUGGCUCACGGCUGCGGGAUGUUAUCAAGUGGGGCUUGGAAUCGCCUGGUGGCCUAGCCGUCGACUGGGUGCAUGAUCUGCUCUUCUGGACUGACUCGGGUACGAGACGUGUAGAGGUGUCCAAUUUUAUGGGAACGUUGCGGGCAGUUAUCGCAUCAAACGAUCUGGAUAAACCGCGCGCCAUUGUCAUACACCCUGGCGAGGCGUUGGUGUUCUGGAGCGAUUGGGGUCCUAAUCCGAAAAUUGAGCGUGCUUAUAUGGAUGGCUCUCAGCGGCAAGUGAUCAUUGCGAAUGGAGUUACAUGGCCCAACGGUCUCACUAUAGACUACCCCAGUCGGAAGAUUUAUUGGGCCGACGCGAAACAGCACGCAAUUGAGUCCUCCAACUUUGAUGGCACUGAGCGCGUGAAAAUACUCAGCACACAUUUGCCGCAUCCAUUUGCGCUAACCAUCUUCGAAGAUACCAUGUACUGGACCGAUUGGAAUACGAAAACCGUCUCGGCAGCUAAUAAGAUUACCGGAAAGGGUUUCCGUUCGGUGCAUGAGAACUUCCACUUUCCAAUGGAUAUACACGCUUAUCAUCCAGCAAGACAACCAGAGUAUCCGGAUCGUUGUCAAAAAGACAGACGCGGCCUAAGAGGCGGCUGUUCUCAUUUGUGCUUGCCAAAUAAGCUUUCGCGGCGCUGUGGCUGUCCUAUCGGUUUAUCAUUGAAGGAAGAUGGUAAAACCUGUAAAAGCAUACCCGACAAGCUUGUGCUCGUCGCGCGCAGAAAGGACAUACGAUUGCGUCAACUGAACACAAAGUCAGCAGCGUCAAAUGAAGUGGAUAUGAUUUUGCCAUUGGAUUAUAUGAAGCAUGCUGUCGCGCUAGAUUGGUGCAGUGAAACGGACUAUAUUUAUUGGACCGAUGUGGAACGGAGUACGAUAAAUAAGGCGCAUCUCAACGGUAGCUACCAACAGCGUGUCGUGCAUUCGAAUCUCGUCUCGCCAGCUGGUUUGGCUUUAGACUGGAUUACAGAUAAACUUUACUGGACCGAUCCUGCUACUAAUCGUAUCGAGGUGGCAACGACAAAUGGCAAAAAACGUACCCUGCUAAUUUGGGAAAAGCUCGAUAAGCCCCGUGAUAUUGUCGUGAAUCCGAUAGAGGGCAUCAUGUUCUGGUCGGAUUGGGGCGAACAUGCUAUGAUAGAGCGCGCUAAUAUGGAUGGCAACGAACGAGUAAUUGUCGCUGAAACGAAUCUUAAGUGGCCGAAUGGCUUAGCCAUAGAUUACGGUCAGCAACGAUUAUAUUUUGUGGAUGGCGGUACGAAGACGCUUGAAAGUAUGGACUUUAAUGGCGGCAAACGUAAAACAAUAUUAAACAACCUUGGUCAUCCUUUCGGUUUGGAUAUCAGCGAAAACCGCGUCUUCUGGACGGAUUGGGACAAUAAGUCCGCAUUCAGCGCCGACAAGCUCACAGGUCAGAAUAUCACCACAAUUAUUGCGAAUACUAGCGAUUUGAUGGAUAUACGCGUGUUCCAUCGCUCACGUAGGAGUAUACAGAAUGCUUGUGGUUCUAAUAAUGGCGGCUGUUCACAUCUCUGUCUACUGAACCCAAUGAGUUUCACUUGCGCUUGUCCUGUGGGAGUACAACUGAGGAGCGAUCUGCGGACAUGUGCAGAGGGUCCCAGCCGCUUUAUCAUAUUCGCACACCGCAUCGACAUACGACAAAUCUCAUUGGACUUUGCACAUUUCAUCGACGUGGUGCUGCCGAUGCCACCGAUUGGAAAUGCGGUCGCUUUGGAUGUAGACUCGACAACAGGCGUGAUUUAUUGGUCCGACUCUAAGCAGCAUGUGAUUAUGAGCUCCACACCUGAUGGCUUAAAUGUGCACAAAAUUAUUGGUGAAAGCUUAGAUAAUCCUGAUGGUUUGAUUGUAGACUCUGUGGGCAAAACGAUCUAUUGGGCUGAUGCUGGACGUCACACCAUCGAAGUCGCUAGCUUGGACGGCAAAAAUCGUCACCUGAUCGCCUAUAAAGAUUUGGAAUCACCACGUGGUUUGGCGCUGGACUAUGAAGCUGGACUUCUAUUUUGGACCGAUUGGGGUCACUAUCGCAAGAUCGAACGUUCUCACAUGGACGGCGAGAGUCGUCAGCGUAUUGUCACAUCGAAUCUUGGUUGGCCGAAUGGUUUAUCAUUGGAUUUGAAGACGAAACGUAUAUAUUGGGUAGACGCGCAAUUGAAGACUAUCGAUUCGUGUGAUUAUACCGGUAAUCAGCGUAAAUUGAUAAUGUCAUCAUUGCAUCAUCCGUAUGCGUUAGCCAUGACUGAUGAGCAUAUUUACUGGACCGAUUGGAAAUCAAAAGCUCUGCACAUGACAGAUCGUAGAAAUAUCACAGCGAAAAAGGAGAUCAUGACAAAUAUUGAUGGGCUGAUGGAUAUUAAAGUGAUAACGGUUAACAAAACACAACCCGAAAAUGUCUGUGGCUCAAACAAUGGCGGCUGUUCGCAUCUUUGUCUACGCAAUCCUACCGGUUUCUCGUGCAGAUGCCCGAUUGGGCUCAAAUUGAAGGAGGGUAGUACCAGUCAAUGCCAGACUUUGCCUGAGGAAUAUCUACUCAUUGCACAACGCUCUGGCAUCGGUAUGAUCUCACUCAAUAUGCCCGAUUAUAUGGACGUCGUGUUACCCAUCAACGCCGUGCAUGGCGCUGUGGUGCUCGACUUUCAUUAUCGCAAGAAAUGGCUUUUCUUCGCCGACGUCAACUCAGAUGUUAUACGACGUGUAGAUCUCACCAAUUUGUCCGACAGCAAGACCAUUGUGAACAAAGAACUAUUGACACCGAAUGGUAUAGCGAUCGAUUGGAUUGCGGAUAACCUGUAUUGGUCCGAUACAGAUCGAAAAAUCAUAGAAGUGGCGCGUUUGGAUGGUAGCUGUCGUAAACAGCUCGUUUCCGACGAUUUGGGUGAUCCACGUGCGCUAAUCGUGCAUCCACGCAAAGGAUAUCUCUUCUGGUCCGAUUGGGAUGCGCCGGCACGCAUAGAACGUAGUUUGCUGGAUGGCUCGAAUCGCACUAUAAUUGUUACCGAAAAUCUGGGUUUUCCAACCGGCCUAACGCUGGACUUUGACAACCGUCGUCUAUUUUGGGCUGAUGCGCUAGAAGAUAACAUUGCUUCGGUGGACUUCAAUGGCAAGCGAAAAACUAAAAUUAUCGACUAUGCGCCGCACCCCUUCGGUCUCACAAUGUUCGACAACAGCAUUUACUGGACCGAUUGGUACAACAAAUCCGUCUAUCGCUCAUAUCGCAAGGGUCGCGGCUACAGCAAUCCAGUAGAGAUACGCGACUCUCUUAAUGGUGCGCUGGAUAUACGCGCCGUCUCAAUCAAACGUCAACCCGAGGAGUGGAAUCAAUGCGCACAGGAAAAUGGCGGUUGCACGCACCUUUGUCUCUACCGCGGUGCGGACUAUGUGUGCGCGUGUCCCGAUCAACCGGAUGAUCGUGAAUGCAAAAUGACACCUAAAUUUGUAGUGCCACGUCCGAAUGGUGGUGAUAAUACGCCAGAUUAUGUGGAGGAGACCACGGAUGGCGAGAGUAGCUCAACGGAGCACGAAGAUGACAACUAUAGCGCCAGCUCGAAAUCGAGUAAGCGUGAGACGCUCAUACUCAUCGCUAGCGGUGUGGUGAUCCUUAUGCUGAUCGUAAUCAUAGCAGCUAUACUAUUUCUCAUGUUCAAUUCGAAGCGUAAUAAGACGAAAAGGCAUGCGCGUGGUUCCAGUCGCUCGGUAUUGACCUUCUCAAACCCCAAUUACAAUGUGGAUGGCACACCAAUGGAACCAAAGACAAACAUUUGGAAACGCUUUAAGUACGAUAAAUCACAUGAGCGUGUCUACGAAGAGCGCAGCGUGACCACCGAGACAGCCUCGUCGAGUCUCUUUGUGCCGACGCCAUCACCAAUGGCAUCGCCCUCCACCAAACUAACGACACUCUCAACAAUAACGUAAACCAAGGUGAACACUAAACUACGCAACGCGUGUAAUGUGAUGCCACAGAAGCAUUCUACACAAAUAAAGGAAAACAAAAACGAAUACAAAUAAAAGCGAAACGCUAAAAAGAGAAAACUGCGCAUAACAAUUAACUACAAGUAAAGGCAGCAGUUUUUCCCAAUCAUACACUGGGAGAAACACAAUUCUAAAUAUAUACAUAUGUAAUAUGUAACGAAAGUAUGGAUAAAUGCAAGCAUAGUUGUUAGUGUAGCGGAUUUAGAGACAUCUCUGAAAGAAUUUUAAUCAUUGUUUGAAUGUCAACUAAAUUUUUUGAUUUCACAUUUUCGAAAACUAAACAAAAUACAGCAACGUAUAUAUGUAUGUAAUAUUUAGAGAAACUAUGUGUGUGUAAAUAUUAUAUUAAUUAAGGUAGAAAAGUCAAAGGAAUGCGGAAAGGGGUAAACAAAUGUAGUGAGAGCGAGAGAGAGAGAGAGAGCGAUAUCUAUGAAGAGCGCGUGCGCCAAGUUAUGUAAAUGAACACGGUUGUUUCCAAACGAAAUGAAAAACUAUUACAUAUUUACAUAUGAGUGUGUGUGUGUGUAAAUGUCUGUAUGUUUACUAGAAAGCAAUCGUUUUAGUUCGUAUGUGUAAUUGAGAGCGGAGCAUUAAUGUAAAAAUAAAUUAUGACUCCACUACACUGUACAAAAUAUUUAGUAAGAAUUAAAGUUUAAUUAUUUUUUUUUUCAAAAAAGUUGUUGCUUUUCUUUUUGUAAAGUAUAGUUGUCAUAUUGCUGCAAAAGCAUAUUUAAAUGAAAAACUGAACUGAAAUUUGUGAGGAAAUAAUUAUUCAAAAAAUAAGUACAAUGCCUUUCCUACGCAUAGGUGUGUGUAAAGACCUGUAUGUAUGCACUUAUAUAUAUAUACAGCUGUCGUUGCAUACGCGCAUGCGCAUUUGCCCGAACUUAAGCAUCCGAUUGACUUUAGCAAAAAGCAUUUUUAAAACAACAAUAAGUGAGCAGCGGCAAAACGCUGAAAGCCAAGAGCAAAGUAAACACACAAAACAAAGCUAACCCUAAAGCGAAAAAGCUAAAUACAAAAGAUGAAACCAAAAAACAAAGAACC